UCCCACCUCUAUUAGUUGCUUUAUUUUUCGCGUUUAAAUACGAAUAAAUUGUAUGUUAAUUGACUAAAUAUAAAUGUGACAUUUACAGUGCACUAUGUUAUCGCCAAGUAAAACAUUUGAGAUCCCAAAAGACUAUGAGUUUCCGUUUAUUCCAUACGAAAUCCAGCAGCAACUGAUGGAUGCGGUAUACGAUACAUUGACGAAAAAAGCCAUUGGCAUCUUUGAGAGUCCAACUGGGACAGGGAAGUCGUUGACUUUGACGUGUUCUGUGCUUCGAUGGCUUGAAGAUCGGGAGAUCUUGGAACGCAAAGAGUUGUCGGAUCGUCUUUCGAGUGCUGAACUAGAAGUUAAACGUUUGACUAGCAACAUUAAUAUGGCACAUGACUGGAUUACGGCUGGUUAUGCAGCAACAGAGAAAAAGAAAGAACUUGAAAAAUUGCUUAGAUGUCAGCAAUUAUUACAGAUUCACGACGAACGCUUGGGAGAAAUGCGUGAGCGGCAAGCUGUACUGCACAAAAACCGACGAAAAGUUAUCAGCAAAAUAUCAAAGGUAACAAAUGAUGCAAGUCUAGAUAAUAAGUUAUCGGAAACUUCAGAUUGGGACGAAAAAGCUAGUGAUGCUAUAAUUCAAGAUCAGGAAAUGGAAAGAGAAGAGGAAUUUCGUCCAAUCCAGGUAUUUUUCUGCAGCCGUACACAUUCUCAACUCGCACAAGUUGUAAGAGAAGUCAAACGUACACCGUACGGUUGCCGAAUACGUUGUGUUUCAUUGGCAUCGCGGCAACAGCUAUGCAUAAAUCCUCAAGUACGGAAAUUAGCAAAUAUGAAUCUCAUCAACGAACGUUGUCUCGAUAUGGCGCCUAAAAAUAAAGAGGCUAACAAAAAUACUACAUCUAAAUGUUGUGAAUUUCGCAAAACUACUUUAGUGCAAGGGCUUAGCGAAGUUGCUUUGUUCAAUGUAAUGGACAUAGAAGAAUUGGUUGGGGAAGGUGAAAGUUUAAAAGCGUGUCCAUACUACGCAUCAAGGGAAGCUGCAAAAUCAGCACAACUAGUAAUGCUUACAUAUCAGAUGCUUUUGCAUAGACGUACGCGACUUCAGAUGGGCAUAGAGUUAAAAGGGGCUAUUGUCAUUGUAGAUGAGGCGCAUAAUCUCUUAGAUACCAUCUCUCAAUUGCAUAGAUGUGAGUUAACUUUGCAGCAACUUUUACUAAUCCAACAACAAAUCAGUGCAUAUAAACUGUGCUACUUAAAACGAUUCAGUGCAACCAGCCUGCUAAAUAUUAACCAAUUGAUAUUUGUGGUGAAACGGCUUGUAAAACUAAUUCAAACGGGUGCCCCAAAUUCAAAGAAGCAAUACAUGCCAGUUUCCAGAGUUCUUCGAACCUAUGAGCUCACAGCAGAAGGCGAGUUUUACAAUAUCGAUUUGUACCUACUGCUGCAAUUUUGCGAUAGAUCUCGAUUAGCGCAAAAAUUGCAAGGAUUUGCGGAGAAAACUGACUGUUCAAAUUUAAAAGAUGGCAGUGCUGUUGAAGGUUCUGCAACGAAGCAACUUCUCGUACAAAUCGAAACUUCACAAAAGAAGGAUCUUAAAAGUCAAGAUGUUCUCGAGAGUGUAGAGGAUGCAAAUAUUACAAAAACGAAUAAAACUGCAGAGAAAAAAAUGUCGAUUAGUGUUCCAUUCCGUUCAUUUUUGUCUUUCCUCGAAUCAUUAACCGAAAAUGCAGAGGAUGGGCGAGUUAUUUUACAUUUCGAUGCAACGGGAGACUCUAAGAGUAGCAUGUACAAGUACAUUUUGUUAAAUCCAGGUGCACAUUUUGCGGAUGUCGUUAAGGAUGCGCGAGCUAUAAUAGUCGCUGGCGGUACAAUGCAGCCUACCAGGGAAUUAACGCAACAACUCUUUAGUGCUUGUCCAAAUCGAGUGCGGGAACAUAUUUAUAGCCAUGUCGUUCCACCCGAUGCUGUAUUACCACUUGUCGUUGCACAAGGGCCAACAGGUCGGCGUCUUUGCUUCAAUUAUACAGAGCGAAGUACUGCAGAUAUGAUCACAGAAUUGGGAAUGAUUGUUCAAAACGUUUGCAGUGUAAUACCAGCGGGAGUGGUUUGCUUUCUACCAUCUUACGAAUAUCUUGAUAUUGUAUAUAGUCACUUACAAAAGAGUGGUAUAUUAGAGAGAAUAUCUUUGAAGAAACGUAUAUUCUCUGAGACGCGUACAGGUACCGGUUCAUCAGUAGAGAAACUUUUAGAUGAUUACAGCGCCGCAAUAAAAUCGAAUAAUACAGGUGGAGCAUUACUUUUCAGUGUUGUUGGUGGAAAAUUGAGCGAAGGACUAAACUUUGCAGACGAUUUAGGGAGAUGUGUAAUUGUAGUUGGUUUGCCCUACCCAAAUCUACAAUCUGUCGAGUUACAGGAGCGCAUGCGGUAUUUAAAUGAGACACUUGGAUCAGGGGCAGGAAAUGAAUAUUAUGAAAAUGUAUGCCUAAAAGCUGUCAAUCAAUGCAUUGGCCGGUCUGUACGACACAUUAAUGAUUAUGCUUGCGUACUACUAGUAGACGAGCGAUAUUGCAAGGAAGGUAUACAAGCCAAGUUGCCACAGUGGAUAACUCGUAGUUUGGAAAUUCCGAAGACUUUUGGAGCUGUACAGGCUGCUACUGCUAGAUUCUUUAAGCACAUUAAAGACAAGAAAUCUAUAUGACAUUCAGUGGCUUAAGUAUUAUUUAUACUGUUGUUUAAUUAUUAGUAUGUGUUUUAAUUAUAUAUGUACAUAUUUAUGUAGAAGAGAUCAUAUCGACGCCUCCAAACCAUACUAUGCUAAGUCUUAUCAA